AUGAGCAACGGACAGACUGCCGAAUUCGCUCCAGAAGCAGCUCCUUCAUCGACUUCCUUCUUCGUCGAGGCAUCAGAUGGAACCAAGUUCGCCGUCACUGAAGCUGCCUGCAAUCAGUCCGUGACCAUUAAGGAUCUCAUCGGAACAAUCGGAUCCAACACCGCCCUUCCAUUCAACAAUAUUGACGGACCCACUAUGAAACUCAUCAUAGAAUGGUGCGAACACCAUAAAGAUGAGGAGAUCUGGGCAUAUGACUACGAUGCUCGAAUUGGAAUGUCGCUACCAGCGUGGGAUCUGGAGUUCUUGGAAAAAAUGAAGGAUGAGGACUUUGAGAAGUUCCUAAGGGCCGCGAACUAUUUGAGCAUCAAGAAGCUUGUGACCUAUGGAUGUAAGAAGAUACAGCUAAUGAUAAAGGACAAGAACCCGGAGCAAUUGAGGGAACAAUUCAUGAUUUCAACCGACGAAGAGGAGGAGGCAUUGGAAAAGAAGCUUCGAGAAGAGUCGGAGAAGAGAGAGGAGGAGGAGAACCAGACAACCAAGGAGCCAGGAACAUCGAAAUAG